AUGGACGGAGCCGAGUUGCAAUCACCCCUACUCGAUAAUGGACAACCCCCCCUUGUCGCGAAGCGCGUAACUUCUGAAGAGCCGAAUGCUGCCGCCGAUGCCAAAAGACUCAAAACAUCUGAUGAUAGGGAGGCACCGCCGCAGACAAACCUUCCCGCGGCAACCCGGAUUGUUCCCUUUCCAGAGAAACCUGCAGUUGUAGAAGAACGGAACUGCGAAAUAGAAUUUCGGGUUGUCAACAACGAUGGUUCCACGGAGAGUACUGUCAUUCUAACAGGUCUCAAGAAUCUGUUUCAAAAACAGCUACCGAAGAUGACCAAAGAUUACAUCGCCCGUCUCGUCUAUGAUCACACUCACUUGUCUUUGGCCAUCUGCAAAAUGCCCCUGGAAAUUAUUGGCGGAAUCACAUUCAGAGAGGUCCGACAUCGCAGGUUCGCUGAAAUUGUGUUCUGUGCGGCUUCAUCGGACCAGCAGGUGAAGGGAUACGGGGCGCAUCUCAUGGCCCACUUGAAGGACUAUGUCAGAGCCACAUCCCCAGUGAUGCAUUUUCUAACUUACGCUGAUAACUACGCAACCGGUUAUUUCCAAAAACAAGGCUUCACGAAAGAGAUCACGCUUGACAAGUCCAUCUGGAUGGGUUAUAUUAAGGAUUAUGAAGGCGGUACACUCAUGCAAUGUUCUAUGCUCCCCCGAAUACGGUAUCUGGAAGUUGGUCGUAUGCUUCUCAAGCAGAAGGCAUGUGUUCUAGCUAAAUUACGCCCUUUGAGCAGAAAUCAUAUUGUACAUCCCCCGCCUCCACAAUGGGCCAACGGCAUCGUCACUCUGAUCGAUCCACUCUCUAUUCCUGCUAUUCGGGCUACUGGAUGGUCUCCGGACAUGGACGAGCUAGCACGGCAACCACGACAUGGACCUCAUUUUAACGAGCUUCGACGUUUUCUUAGCAAAAUACAAGCCCACAAACAAGCGUGGCCCUUUCUCUCUCCUGUCAACAAAGAUGAGGUCCCGGAUUACUACAACUUCAUCGAAUCUCCAAUGGAUCUAUCAACGAUGGAGGAAAGAUUGGAGAAUGACACAUAUUCUACCCCAAAAGAGCUUAUUAACGAUCUCAAGUCAAUCUUUCGCAAUUGUCGGCAGUAUAAUGAUGCAACGACGAUUUAUGCCAAAAGCGCGACAAAGCUGGAGAAAUAUAUAUAUUCUCUAAUCAAGGAGGUACCAGAGUGGUUUGACUUGGUGAAAGAGUGA